AUGAAGUCUCCCCAGGGAACAACUUGGUCGCCGCACCUUGUCUUCUGUACCAUUGUCCUUUAUUUUACAUUCACAGUUCAAGCAUCCGACCAGUGCGCACCCUCGAUAUGGCAACCGGGGCAAUUUAUGCGUCGGCAGCUUUCUACUCCCACUUCCACUCCCACUGCCUCGUCCAACGCAAGUAUCAGUAGUUCCAGCUCCGUGGCGCCCCAACCUACUGCCAACAUCACUAUCAGCCCCAUCAUUACCACUGGAAACAUCAGCCCAGGUCAAGUUAACUGUCGGUACACGGGCAGCACGGAAGGGUUAGACAUUAACUACUACACCUGUACCCUGUUAGCCAAUCAAUACGGAAUCUCUGUCGAAACUUUCUUUAAGUUGAAUCCAGGACUAGAUCCGGACUGUGGGAAUAUUCAACCCGAUACAGAUUAUUGUGUGCGAGGCUUCAUUGAGCCUGUAAGAGCUACAGCCGGUCUCUGUGGUCCCCCGAACAAGAAUGCCACUUGUCUCGGUACAGCAUUUCAGUGUUGCAAUGCGAACACUUUCACCUGCGGUAAUUCUACAGAUGACUGUGCACCUGGAACUUGCUACGAAGGGGCAUGUGCAGGAGAUUCUGUCUUCACUACAACCGGCCAAUGCGGCAGUCAACACGGCUACCGUCAAUGUGCUGGAGUAUGGGGCGAUUGCUGCAACGCGGACAGAAAAUGCGGUACUGGCCCAUCCUUUUGUGGAUUCGGCGUGUGCCAGCUUGGAAACUGCACAAUACCAGCUGUAGUUGGCCUACCUCCAUGGCUAAAUGGAAAUACGACGGAUGGCACUUGUGGCCCUUCCUCUAGUACAACUUCGUCAAAGGCCUCAUCUUCAUCCUCCGUUUUGACAACGAGCGAUCCUACAACCACCAGCGACACUAAAACUUCAUCCUCCGCAACUAAAACAAGCACUCCUACAACUACCUUACCUCCUAGCACUUCAAUUCCAGAUGAAGCUGCUUUGCCUUCGUGUGGCCAACUAUGCUUCAAUAAUAUGCUUGCUCAAUACUCAACCCUCGGAUGUGCCGCUCUUGAUGGCUACUGCUUAUGCAAUAACGCCGACUUCAGCAAUGGCCUCCGCGACUGUUCAAAUGGAGCCUGUGGAACUGCUGUUGCCAGUACUGUGAUAGAUUUUGGGAGCGCAUACUGCUCCACCGCAACAGCUACCCACACUGCGACAGGCCUAGCUGCUCUACCUUCUUGUGGUCAGCUCUGCUUUAACAAUAUGCUCGCUCAGUACUCAUCCCUAGGUUGCGCCACCCCUGCACCCGCUUGCCUUUGUAGCAAUGUUAAUUUCGGCUUCGGUCUCCGUGAUUGCGCUAGCGGCGCGUGUGGGACGGCUAUCGCAUCGACAGUUAUUGCUUAUGGGAGCUCGUAUUGUGCAUCAGCAAUAGCAACAGUUCUUAGUUCAUAA